AUGGAUAUUUUAAGUUGGAUGAAUAUUGCUUUACAAAAGGCAAAUGAUUCAUUACAAAUUGGUGAAGUUCCAGUUGGUUGUUUAUUUAUAUAUAAUAAUAAAGUUAUUGCUACAGAUAACAAUACAGUUAAUGAAACUCAUAAUGCAACUCGACAUGCAGAAAUAAAUUGUAUAGAUCAAGUUUUAGAAUUCUGUAAAAUAAAAAAUUUAAGCUAUAAAAAUGUUUUUUAUAAUAUUAAUGUUAUUGUUACAGUAGAACCUUGUAUAAUGUGUACAUCUGCAUUAUGUCAGCUACAAGUAUGUAACAUUAUAUAUGGUUGUAGAAAUGAUCGUUUUGGGGGAUGCAUUAGUGUUUUUGAAAUACCAAAACUUUAUAAUUCAAGAACAACAAUAAUGGGAGGUAUUAAAGGUCAUGAAGCAAUGACUUUAUUAAAAGAAUUUUAUAAAGGCACAAAUCCAAAUGUACCUGAAUCAAAGGUAAAAAAAAAUCAUAAAAAAAUGCUACAAAAAAAUUAAACAAAAAUUUAAUAAUUUUCAUGACUAUAAUUGAAGAGUAAAGAGGAAAAACAAAAAAUAUUAUAAAAUAUUUUUAUUGAAAAAGAUUAUUUUGAUAUUUUAGUUAACUAAUAAAAAAAUAAUAAGUAAAAUGUAUAUUUUAAUUAAAUCAUAAAAAAAAUGAAUAAUAAAAUAAUAAUUGUUAAUUUUAAUUUUAAUAAACAAAAAAUUAUGAAAUUGGUCAUUUCUUGUUUUUUUCUCUUAUUUUUUUAAUUCAUUAUUAAGAAAUAAAUUUUAAUUUUAUUUUAAUUUGGAUAAUGAAAUACAUAAAUAACAAAUAAGAUGUCAAAUAAUUCUAGAUCAGAAUUGAUUGUAUGCUGCCAAUAUACAUAUAAACAUUAUUUAUAUAAAAAUGUAAUAAUUUAUAAAAUUCUUAAAAAAUAUAUUUAUAAACACCAUGAAAGAUCUAAUUCACAUUUACCUUGAUACCAUCUAACAAGUAAUUGAUUUUUUAAUGUAUAAUCUUUUGAUGUCAUAUUUUUUGUCUAAAAUAAUAAAUAAAUAAUAUAUUAUACAUAUAUAUAUAAUUUAUUAAUAAAAUAAUUAUAAUUAUUAAUGAAAAUAAAAUUUAUUUUAAAAAAGCUUA